UUAACCAACAUCAUAUAUAAUGGAAACACGUUGAGAAAAACAGAGCAAAAUGGUUAAGCCUCUAGCAUUUUGGCCUUGGGAAAACUUGGGAAUUUUCAAGUAUGUGAUGUACGGUCCUUUAGUUGCAAAAGUUGUGUGUUCAUGGAUCUAUGAGGAUAGCCUAAACGAUGUAUGGUGUCUUCAUAUACUCAUUGUAUGUGGUUUGAGAGGUUCGGUUCAUCAGCUGUGGAGUUCUUACAAUAACAUGCUUUUCCUGACACGAAAUCGUCGGAUUAAGCAGCAAGGAGUUGAUUUCAUGCAGAUUGACAGAGAAUGGGACUGGGACAAUUUCAUAAUACUUCAAGCACUGUUGGCUUCCUUGGUCUGCUUGAUGUUAUCAUCCAUGGUUGAGUUAAUUCCUGUGUGGAAUCCAAAAGGAUUUAUUACUUUGCUGUUAGUGCAUGUUAUGAUUUCGGAGCCCUUGUUUUAUUGGGCGCAUAGGUUUUUCCAUGAAAGCUACCUUUUCACCCAUUAUCAUUCACUUCACCAUUCAUCUUCGGUGCUUCAUCCCUACACAGGUGGACAUGCUACAUUUUUAGAGCACCUUGUAUUAUCCGUAGUGAUCGGAAUUCCAUUAAUGGGGUCGAUUGUAAUGGGGAAUGCAUCAACAAUCAUGAUUUAUGGGUAUGUAUUGGGAUUUGAUUUUAUGAGAUGCAUGGGGCAUUCCAAUGUUGAAGUUGUUCCUGCUCAAGUGUUCAACAAGUUACCAUUCCUCAGAUAUUUGAUCUACACCCCCACGUACCAUAGCUUGCACCACACAGAGGCAGGGACCAACUUCUGUCUGUUCAUGCCGCUGUUUGACGCAAUGUGGAAUACGCUUAACUGCAACUCGUGGCAUCUACACAACAAAAUAACUACAGAUUCUGGUAAAAAUGGGAGGGUGCCGGAUUUUGUGUUCCUAGCACACGUGGUGGACAUAAUGUCGGCGAUGCAUGUCCCAUUUGUGAUCAGAUCAUUCGCAUCCAUACCCUUCUGCACAAGGAUCUUUCUGCUGCCGUGUUGGCCGUUUACGUUUAUUGUAAUGCUAAUGAUGUGGGCAUGGUCCAAGACCUUCCUCCUCACUUUCUAUUACCUCAGAGGCCAUUUGCACCAGACAUGGGUUGUUCCUAGAUACGGUUUUCAGUAUUUCUUACCAUUUGCAGCGGAUGGCAUCAACAAGCUCAUAGAGGAGGCGAUUUUAAGGGCUGAUAGAAAGGGGGUCAAGGUCAUUAGCCUAGCUGCAUUAAAUAAGAAUGAAGCUUUGAAUGGAGGAGGAACGCUGUUUGUAAACAAGCAUCCAGAUCUCAAAGUGAGAGUUGUGCAUGGCAAUACCUUGACUGCUGCAGUUAUUGUUAAUGAAAUACCCAAAGAUGUCAAGGAAGUGUUUUUAACGGGUGCUACUUCGAAGCUUGGUCGAGCCAUCGCCCUCUACCUUUGUCGAAACCGAGUUCGAGUUCUCAUGUUGACUUCAUCGACUGAAAGAUUUCAGAAAAUACAAAGGGAAGCCUCGGCAGAUACACAAAACUACCUAGUCCAAGUGACCAAAUACCAUGCAGCUCAAAAUUGUAACACAUGGAUCGUGGGAAAAUGGAUAACACCAAGGGAGCAAUAUUGGGCUCCAUCCGGAACACAUUUUCACCAAUUUGUGGUUCCUCCCAUUCUAUCUUUCAGAAGAGACUGCACUUACGGUGAACUCGCAGCCAUGAGGUUGCCUCAUGAUGUUGAAGGCCUUGGGAACUUACACGAUGGAGAGGGGAGUGGUGCACGCAUGCCAUGCAGGAGGAGUGAUUCAUCAGUUAGAAGGUUGGACUCAUCACGAAGUUGGGGCGAUUGAUGUUGAAAGAAUCGACCUCGUAUGGGAAGCUGCCCUCAAGCAUGGUUUCAAGUCGGUCUCAACCCUUAAAUGAAAACGUUUAGACAUAAUUGUAUGUAACAAGUCUAGACCCUUGGGGUUUAUAAACAUUACUAAAAGUGUUGACGCCCGUGAAAUUGCUAGUUGGGAUGUUGUUGAUGUUAA